AUGCCGUACUAUUUCCUACACGGGACAGUGUCCCAGACCGAAGUCGAGUCAACUCAACUGGCCAAAGAGCUAUCAGAGAAGCUACAGCAAACGCGACUUCAAGACUUGACUGUGGUGACGGGGUACUACGACCACGAAGACGUAGGGCGAGUAUUUGUAUACACUUGCCUGGAAGAUAGCCCACGGGAGAUGACGAUCUUGGAAGACAUGAGGCAGUUGUUGAACGCGAAAACCAAGACGCUCGACGAGGUGGUCAUAGACGCCAAGAGGCCUGAUCGCGCAUUCAAGAUUCAAAAGUCUUUGGAGGAUCCCAGUGAAUCCCGUCUUCGCAAAGGAACCGUCGUCAAGAUAGCGGCGGAGCAGCAAGCGUUUCUCGUCCGGUUGGGCAAGCCCGACCCUGAUGCAUUGAUGGCUCACAUACUCAACACCCUCUCUCAUUUGGCUCCCGAGCGCUCUUGA